GCCCCCUGGACUAAUCACCCCAAUCAGACUUUGCUUGCCUGAUCUCAGGCCAGCUCAGACAUCUGAGGGGAGCCCCAAUGCAUUUUUCCUCUCCCCACCAGAGUUUCCCCUUUCUUGGUCAUAGAUUUAUAGAGCUCUGACUCUCGAUCGUCUUGGGGUGAGAAAUCGCUGAGAGCAGUUUCUUUCCCAUGCAUGCAUCUGCGCUUGCCACUUAAUCUGCUUCUUCCCCCUUCUCCCUAGUGUAGGGACACUUGGGUCCAACUUUCCCAGGGAACAUGGGGAUGGGGGUUGGAGAUGAAGUUCAGUGCCAGAUGUUAGGUAGGUGGGGUGGCAGCAUAUGCGAGAAAAGGCUAAAAUGGUACUAACUGAGUUAGGAGUGGGGUGAAGUUAUUUAAGAGAAAAAGAAACAGGCCCAGGUUUUCCUUAGCCAUGUGGCUUUCCCAGGGGCAGAGGGUAGCCCCUCCCUACUCAGGGGCCCAGCAUAAACUGACCUUUGACCCCCACCCCAGAGACCAGUGAACCAUUAACUCCUCUCUGAUGUGAGCCUUCCCACACUGGCCCCACCCCUGACCCCGCCCCAAGGAAGGUGGGCUGGGAGGGGGGGCUUGUCCAUCUCAGCCUUCUAUAUGACGUGGCCUCCAUUCCACCUGGGCACCGGGAAGCUGAGCCUGGAUUCCCCUCUCUGACUCAGGAAUCUUAACUCCACAGCGAGGCCUGACGGGGGACCUAAGGGCACAGUCCUCAGGAUGUUCCGGGGAUAAUAGGAAUUGGAACCAGAGCCUCAAAGCCAUUCCCUGCAAUGAUGGGGCCCCCAAUGAGUCAUCUGCUGGCUGGUCUUUGUGUAUGGGUGGUCUUGGGCUGGGUAGGGGGCUCAGUCCCCAACCUGGGCCCUGCAGAGCAGGAGCAGAACCAUUACCUGGCCCAGCUGUUUGGCCUGUAUGGAGAGAAUGGGACGCUGACUGCAGGGGGCCUCGCCAGGCUUCUCCACAGCCUGGGGCUAGGCCGAGUUCAGGGGCUUCGCCUGGGACACCAUGGGCCUCAGACUGGGCGGGCCACACCCCCAGCCGCAGACAAUUCCACACACAGGCCACAGGAUCCUGAGCUGAGUGUGGAUGUCUGGGCAGAGAUGCCUCUGGGUCCCUCAGGGUGGGAUGAUCUGGAGGAGUCAAAGGCCUCCCACCUACCCCAUGGGCCAGCCCCCUCGGGCCUGGACCUCUUUCACAGGCUUCUGCUGCUGGACCACUCGUUGGCUGAUCAUUUGAAUGAGGAUUGUCUGAACGGCUCUCAGCUGCUGGUCAACUUUGGUCUGAGCCCUGCUGCUCCUCUGACCCCUCAUCAGUUUGCUCUGCUGUGCCCAGCCCUGCUUUAUCAGAUCGACAGCCGUGUCUGCAUCCAAGCCCCAACCCCUGCUCCCCCAGUGAAUCUAGUAUCUGCCUUGCUUCAUAGUGCCCUGGCAGUCCUGUUACUCAGUCUCCCUGCUCCCCUCUCCCUGCUGUUGUUGCGGCUCCUGGGACCUCGUCUAUUGCGGCCCCUGCUGGGCUUCCUGGGUGCCCUGGCCGUGGGCACUCUUUGUGGGGAUGCACUGCUACACCUGCUGCCUCAUGUACAAGAGGGGCAGCACGCAGGACCUAGCGGGCGACCAGAAGAGGACCUGAGUCCAGGGCUAUUGGUGCUCGGAGGCCUCUUCCUGCUCUUCGUGCUGGAGAACAUGCUAGGGCUUUUGCGGCACCAAGGGCUCAGGCCAAGAUGCUGCAGGCGAAAAAGAAGGGAUCUCGCAACACCAAACCUGGACCCGGAGGAUGGCAGUGGGAUGGCCCUUCAGCCCCUACAGGCAACUCCAGAGCCAGGGGCUCAGGGCCAGAAGGCAGACAGCCAACCCCCACCAGCCCCAGCCCCUUCUGGGCACCAAGGCCAUAGUCAUGGGCACCAAGGUGGCACCAACAUCACAUGGAUGGUCCUCCUGGGAGAUGGUCUGCACAACCUUACUGAUGGGCUGGCCAUAGGUGCUGCCUUCUCUGACGGCUUCUCUAGUGGCCUCAGCACCACCCUAGCAGUCUUCUGCCAUGAGCUGCCCCACGAACUGGGUGAUUUUGCAAUGCUACUCCAGGCAGGGCUGUCUUUCCGGCGGCUGCUGCUGCUGAGCCUCGUGUCUGGAGCCCUGGGACUGGGGGGCGCUGCCCUGGGGGUGGGGCUCAGCUUGGGCCCUGUCCCCCUCACUCCCUGGGUAUUUGGGAUCACUGCUGGGAUCUUCCUCUAUGUGGCCCUUGUGGACAUGUUACCAGCCCUGCUUCGUCCUCCUGAGCCCCUGCCUAUGCUGGAUGUGCUACUGCAGGGGCUGGGGCUGCUGCUGGGGGGCAGCCUCAUGCUUACCAUAGCCCUGCUGGAGGAGCAGCUAUUGCCCCUGGUCUCUGAUGGCUGACAGGGCCAGUGGAGAGGGGUCCAGGUUGCCCUUCCUUCCCCCCAACCACAGGAAAGGAGGCGGGACACAGGGCCAGUAGGAGCAAUAGGAUUUUAAUAAACAGAACCCAUCCCAAA